UGCACAAGCGACGCUCGUCAACUCAGUCUGUGGUGCGCUAGCAAUGUGAAACAUGUCCAGUGACGGGUCCUCGGGGAUCACGCAGUUCGGCCUCUACAGAACCAUCGACGCUAGGACUGAAGAGUUCCUGAGACUGUCCAGGAAGCGACAGAUCCGACAGGGGUGCGCGUGCGCUGCUGUCUCCACAGCUAUUACUGUUACCGUUGUAGUGGUAAUUCUACUUAUCUAUGAAUACGGGAUUGCAGUAGAAUGGAGUUUAGUACAAAAUAGGAGAGUUGAUAACAAUGCCAAGGAGGGAAAUAUCUAUGAUCAACCCAUAGCAGACCGACUUGACCGAAGCUACUUCGGUUUCGACCAAGAUUAUUACGAACGAAUGCCGCUACUCGUUAACGCUAUGCAAGAAAAUAGCUACCUCGAUCCGACACUCGAAGUAAUACCCGCUAGUAAACAUAACAACCAUAUUCAUAAUUUAACAACACCACCAAAAAACUAUAGAACUAAUGACGUUAGACGGACUAGUCCAAGACCGUUUUUCUUUGAAUAUCGAAGUCCAACGCCUUUGCCGUUUAGUAAAAGGUACGGUUCUAGAACGUGGGUUGAGAAAUAUCGUAACGCACAAAGGUUACAAAAUAUAAGGCAAAUUAUUAAGUACCUGGAGAAAACUAUCAACGCAAAAGUUGGAGAUAUGCAUACUAAAACGCCUAGUACCCAUAUAGCAUUUACUGGAAUGUAUGUGGAGCCAAUGAUAAAUGUAAGUGAAGGAAAUGGGCCGAAAACGAAAGUAGAUCUAGUUUUACAAAGCACUGUUAAAUCAGAAAUAUCUCACUCCAACCACCAGUCAGAUCCACUAUUCCUUUUCAAGCCUGAAAAUCCUGGUGAAGUUAAUCUAUUGGCUGAUGGUUUUCUCAGAUUUUCGCCAGUUCCUACACCAAUUCCCGAAAUUUCUACAAUACCACCUUACUUUAAAACUAUGAGUAAUAGUAACAAUUGUUUUGGUCAUAACUGUGAAGAAAAAACUAAUAGUGCCUCUAAUGUGGUUCACACUACUGAACUACCAUCAACAACAAAAUCAUUUAGUGUUAUGUUAAAUUUAUUCCCUCUAAAAUCUGCUACCGAUGUAGGUGUUAAAAGUAGAGUGAAUUUAAAUAAAUCGCAAGUAAAUUUAAAUAAAAUAUACUUUACCACAUCCCGACCUACGGCACAUUUUAAAAGAAAACCAACAGUACCUAUACGGCGUACAUUUAUACGUAGAAAAUCUCGAAUAUUGUACCAAAAUAAUACUAAAACAUUUAUGAAGAAUAAUACGGUAUCCUUGGAUAUUGAUAAAAAUGAUCAAGAAGCAGCAGGAACGAAUAUGAUUGUACAUGUAAAAGUAUAUUCUCCAGAUAUUAAAACAGAGGCAAAUACUAAACAAGUUCCAGAUGAUACAACAACGGAACCGUUUAAACCUAUAUUAAUAGAGCCUACCCAGCCUUAUUCAACUGAAACUCCUCUUGUUCUAUCUACAUCACAAGUUGAAGAUUUUCAUGUCGGCAGUUCUGGUAUCAUACCAAUACAAGACAGAACAACAACUCCUCCGUUACCAAAAGUGACAACAAUGUUGCCUUUCUUCGAAACAACAGUUAUUCCUGAAGUAAAUUCAUUCACAAGUCCAUCGGACAUAUUAAAAUUCAACCACGAAGAUGCUAAAAUACCUCAAGAAUACAUCAAGUUACGAAACAGAGAUGCAAUUGCAAAUAGAAGAAAUUUCAGAGAAGACAAUGACGAAGAUAAUGCAAACACGCAUAUUGUAACUUCCAAGAAUGAAGUUACCAAAACAACCACGAUGGAAGCAACAAUUGAAACAACUGAAGAAUUUGAAGAUACAACAACAGUUCAGACAUACGUUCCCCAAAUAAACGGUCAUUAUAGAACCAUCAGUCAAAAUUUAAGAGCUUUAAAUAUCACUCCAGAGAGUAGUAGAAAAAGGAGACUUGAAUUAGUCAUAAGUGGUUUUCGUAAACCAACAUAUGUUCCAAUGUACGUGGAAAUUAAAAGGAAUAACACAGUAAAAUCCGGAGAUGACGAAUAA